AUGAAGAUCCUGCGGCACGAAGAAGGCGUAGAUCAGCGAGGUCUUCCAACAGCACGGGAGCUGAAGGAAGCGGAACACACCAUGAUUCGUCUCGUGCAGAAGGAAGAAUUCAAGGCGGAAUGGCAAGCGCUGUCCAACGGCGAAUCUGUAGGAAGGAACUCACCCCUGCGGUGGUUUAACCCGAAGUUAGCGGACGACAACCUGAUCCGAGUCGGUGGACGUUUGGGUCUCUCGCAAGAAACCGACAGCACGAAGCAUCCGAUAGUUUUACCCGCUCGGCACCCGCUGACCAAGAUGCUGUUCGAGGACUACCACGAACGUUUACUUCACGCGGGACCGCAGCUGAUGCUCGCGACAGUUCGACUCAAGUACUGGCCGCUUGGAGGUCGAAGCGUAGCACGCCAGAUCUUGCACAACUGCCAGCGUUGCUUCCGGACGAAACCCAUCCAAAUCCAGCAGUUCAUGGGAGAACUGCCUUCGGCACGCGUCACGGUGGCGCGUCCAUUUUCCAAGGUCGGCGUGGAUUACUUCGGACCGGUCUACAUUCGCCCCGGUCCGCGUAGAGUAGCCAUCAAAGCAUACGUAGCCGUAUUCGUGUGCAUGGGCACGAAAGCGGCGCAUCUGGAACUGGUAACGGACCUUUCUACCGACCGCUUCAUCCAGGCUCUGCGAAGGUUCAUCGGGAGAAGAGGUCUGCCCGCAGAAAUCUUCUCAGACAACGGGACCAACUUCGUUGGCGCCCGUAACCGACUUCAAGAGCUGUUUGAACUGCUUCGCAGCAAGGAUCACAGCGAGAAGGUGUCCCAGGAGUGCACUGAUCAGGGGAUUCAGUGGCAUUUCAACCCACCGGGCGCUCCCCAUUUCGGAGGACUAUGGGAGGCCGCGGUACGAUCGGCCAAAACCCAUCUGUUGGCGGCUAGACUGGCUGCGUAA